AUGUGGGAGCAAAGGGCACCGAGGGCGGAAGUGAAGCGAGCAGAUCGCCUCCAGGGCCGCAAAGUUGUCGUUUUGCUCGAAGAUGCUGUCCUGGAGCUUGCUAAGGGACGCCAAGGUUCGCUUCAACUCCUUGAGGGCCUCCAACACCGCAGGCUCCUGCAGCAAGAAGACAGAGACAGCACAGAUGUGCGCCCUGAUAUAGUUCACCACUGCCUGCUGACCUUGCAAGAGUCCCCUCUAAACAAAGUAGGCUGCAUCCUAACACGUGACAGGCAACUGAUUGAGGUUCAUCCACAACUCCGAGUUCCGUCUACUUACGAAGAAUUCAGAAAGCUCAUGGUGAAUCUUUUACACACCCGUCGGAUUCGGGCGGUGGAGAGGAAUGUCACCCUUUUGCAGGUAACGAAGAAUGAUCCGAACCUCUUCCUGCCCGUCGGCUCACGAAAGAUCGGUGAGCCGUCUGGCGCCCCCUACACACAAACUGAAUACGGCGACGCUGAUUUUGAAGCAACCUAUGAAUAUUAUAGCCCACAGAAGGGCUUCUGUUGUAAAAUGCAUAGCAGAUAUCUUGCCUACCAUGCAUUUUCUUCUAAAGGCCGACCUGUAGACCUCGAAGACUUUGUGCAGCAAUUUCAGCACACGGAAAGCCCUGUGUUGUUUCUCGUAGGCGCGGUGGCCCAUGCCAAUCCCACCGCCAAUAGCGAACUCGCCGAAGAAUGCAUUUCUAUUGCUCCUUGCGGAUUAAGUGCAGCGGCCGAACUGGGAAUUGUCCCGUCCAGUGUUGUAACUGUGGGAUUGGAAUGCUAG